UAGCAAUGUUCGCAUGUAGCGAGCGUACGUUAGCAAGGCCGAAGGCUCUCCUUGCCUCAACAUUACGUUAGCAAACCAUGGUAGAGAGGCCUGUCAAAGUUAGCUGUGAGGGACAGGGGUCAAGGCCCACAACUAGACAACCCUGUUUGUUUAUUUGCGUUGUGCUUUGGAUUUGCUAUAGAGUUAACUUUUUCCAUUAAACGUAUUGCAAAAUGUGUCCUUGCUCAGUAGGUUUAUGGUGUAAAAAACUUAAAACGUUAAUGUUGGAUCUCCCGAGACUGUGUUGUGUGGUUAUCGAAUAAUAUGUUAGCUCACGUUAGCUCUGAGGACGUGUAUCAAUUGCUUUAACUAGUAUUAGCCUUACUAACUAGUGAGAUGUUUUGAGGUCAGUGAGAUCCUGUCCAGUGGUGUAGCCAAAUACGAUUUAAUAACUUAGUUUGUGUCUUAACAUUUCAUGUUAAGCUUGAUCACCCAGUGGUUUAUGGGCGUUUUAAUUUGAUCCACACCAGCAGUCUUCCUAAUACGUAGCUAAAAUGUGUACACAGUUCUACUAUUUUUAGAUUAGAGCAGGGUGUGUAAACUGGGCUCCAAGACGCAAAUCUUUUGCCACAAAUGGAUGGAAGAUGUGCAGAGUUAAUCUCAAGGUUUUAAGAGGGACACAAUGGGUGCUUUUCUGGACAAACCAAAGAUGGAAAAAUACAAUUCCCAUGGUGAAGGUAACACUCUGAGGUAUGGGCUGAGCAGCAUGCAGGGUUGGCGUGUAGAGAUGGAAGAUGCACACACAGCAGUAAUUGGUCUGCCUCAUGGUCUCGAUUUCUGGUCAUUCUUUGCUGUUUAUGACGGGCAUGCUGGCUCUCAAGUGGCCAAGUACUGCUGUGAGCACCUACUGGAGCACAUCACCAGCAACUCAGACUUCCAGAGUGCUCUGCAGGAGGACCCCUCUGUGGAUAGUGUGAAGAAUGGGAUCCGCACAGGAUUUCUGCAGAUUGAUGAACACAUGCGAACCAUCUCUGAGAAGAAGCACAGUGUGGAUCGCAGUGGCUCCACUGCAGUGGGAGUGAUGAUUUCUCCGAACCAUAUCUACUUUAUCAACUGUGGCGAUUCACGAGGGCUCCUCAGCCGGGGUGGAGCUGUGCACUUCUUCACACAGGAUCACAAACCCAGCAACCCUCUGGAGAAGGAAAGGAUCCAGAAUGCCGGUGGCUCAGUCAUGAUCCAGCGAGUUAAUGGGUCCCUAGCUGUGUCUCGGGCUCUGGGAGACUUCGACUACAAGUGUGUACAUGGGAAAGGCCCGACAGAGCAGCUUGUGUCUCCUGAGCCUGAAGUUUAUGCAAUAGAGAGAUGUGAGGGGGAAGAUGAAUUCAUUAUACUAGCUUGCGAUGGCAUCUGGGAUGUCAUGGCCAAUGAGGAACUGUGUGACUUUGUCAGAUCAAGGCUAGAGGUGACAGAUGAUCUUGAAAGAGUCAGCAAUGAAAUUGUUGAUACCUGUUUGUACAAGGGAAGCCGGGACAAUAUGAGUGUUGUGUUAAUCUGCUUUGCUGCAGCCCCUAAGGUAUCCCCGGAAGCAGUGAAACGUGAGGCUGAGCUGGAUAAAUAUCUGGAGGCCAGAGUAGAAGAGAUCAUCAAAAAACAAGGGGAUGAAGGUGCCCCGGAUCUGGUUCAUGUUAUGCGGACGUUAGCAUCUGAGAGCAUCCCUAACCUCCCACCUGGAGGAGAGCUGGCAAGCAAACGAAGUGUUAUUGAAGCGGUGUACAACAAGCUGAAUCCCUACCGAAGUGAUGACACAAUUUGUUCCAGCCUGGUCAAGCGUGAAGGGGAGAAGCUAUGAACAGCUUUCUUAAAAAUUAUUAAUUAUUAUUCAAACUUGAGGUCUACUGGACUUGCAUAGUUUUCUUCUGAAGCCAGCCCAGUGUUGACUUGGCUCUGAGUAACGUACUGUAGGGGUGUAACACUAUACUGUUGCACAGUAUUUCACAGUUAAAAAUAUGAUAUGAAAUCAUGAAGACAGGAAUACAUUUGCAUAUCAAGUUAUUAAUACUGUGUGCAGAGAAAAAUAUGGAAUUUUCUGAUGUUUUAUUUAUUCAGUAUUAAAAUGUUAUCCAUCAUACAGUGGAGUAACUAUAGUGUUACACCCCUAGUGUUCUGUGGUUGCCCUUUUAAAGCAGUAGUAUUUGGUCUUUCCUAUCAGAUUCUACUGGAAAUAUGUCUAUAUUUGGCCCUAUUCAUUGUAUUCAUACAGCUGCUGCAAAAAAGUGACACUGUCAGAACUAUAAUUGAUAGCAUGUACUGUAACAUUAGGGCUAAAGAGUUUUUUGGUCAUUUGAUCAGACCACCGUGUCUGUUUGCAUCCUGCUCUCAUAGUCUCAUUGUUUGCAUCAUUAUGUGUCUUCUUUUUAAGAAACAGACAAUCUGUCAUGGAGCCCUUGUGUUUAUUACGUAUAUUUUUUUUUCCAAGUUCCACCAGUAGCAUUUUGCAUAGCUUUGAUGUUUUGCUCCACGUUGUUUUUGGUGCUGUGGUUCAACCUGCUUGUUGUUUCUGUUUGCUCAGUUUGGAUCAACAACCACCUUUUAUAAAGUCUCUACAUUAUUUUACUAUUUAAGUGAAGGACCCUGUUGUGCUUUCUAAA